CAUCAAAACUACUUUCUGGUCAGAGAGAAGCAAUAAUUAUUAUUAACAUUUAUUAACGAUCAAUAAACUUGAUUGCAUUAUGGCCAGCACUAUUAAGGAAGCCUUGUCAGUUGUGAGUGAGGACCAGUCGUUAUUCGAGUGUGCCUACGGAACGCCACACCUGGCUAAGACAGAGAUGACAGCAUCUCCCUCCAGUGACUAUGGCCAGACCUCCAAGAUGAGCCCACGUGUCCCUCAGCAGGACUGGCUGUCUCAACCCCCAGCCAGGGUCACCAUCAAGAUGGAAUGCAACCCUAGCCAGGUGAAUGGCUCCAGAAACUCCCCAGAUGAAUGCAGUGUGGCCAAAGGCGGGAAGAUGGUGAGCAGCCCAGACACCGUGGGGAUGAGCUAUGGCAACUACAUGGAGGAGAAGCACAUACCACCCCCAAACAUGACCACCAAUGAACGCAGAGUGAUCGUCCCAGCAGAUCCUGUGCUAUGGAGCACAGACCAUGUCCGGCAGUGGCUGGAGUGGGCGGUGAAAGAAUAUAGCCUUCCAGACGUGGACAUCUUAUUAUUCCAGAAUAUCGACGGGAAGGAGCUGUGCAAGAUGACCAAGGAUGACUUCCAGCGGCUUACCCCGAGCUAUAACGCCGACAUCCUUCUCUCCCAUCUCCACUACCUCAGAGAGACUCCUCUUCCACACUUGACUUCCGAUGACGUCGAUAAAGCCUUACAAAACUCUCCACGGUUAAUGCACGCUAGAAACACAGGGGGUGCAGCUUUUAUUUUUCCAAAUACUUCAGUAUAUCCUGAAGCUACGCAAAGAAUUCCAGCUAGGCCAGAUCUACCUUAUGAGCCUCCCAGGAGACCAGCCUGGACCGGCCAUGGCCACCCCACUCCUCAGUCAAAAGCUGCUCAGCCAUCUCCUUCCACAGUGCCCAAAACGGAAGACCAGCGUCCUCAGUUAGGUACGUGUCAGAGGCCAUCCCAACAGCCAGAUCCUUACCAGAUUUUGGGACCAACAAGUAGCCGCCUUGCUAAUCCAGGUAGUGGCCAGAUCCAGCUGUGGCAGUUUCUCCUGGAGCUCCUGUCAGACAGCUCCAACUCCAACUGCAUCACCUGGGAAGGCACCAACGGGGAAUUCAAGAUGACAGAUCCUGAUGAGGUGGCCCGGCGCUGGGGUGAGCGGAAAAGCAAGCCCAACAUGAACUAUGAUAAACUCAGCCGUGCUCUCCGCUACUAUUAUGACAAAAACAUCAUGACCAAAGUCCACGGGAAGCGCUAUGCCUACAAGUUUGACUUCCAUGGGAUCGCCCAGGCCCUCCAGCCCCACCCUCCGGAAUCAUCUCUGUACAAGUACCCCUCCGACCUCCCGUACAUGGGGUCCUACCACGCCCACCCCCAGAAGAUGAACUUUGUGCCUCCCCACCCUCCAGCCCUCCCUGUCACCUCUUCCAGUUUUUUUGCUGCCCCAAACCCAUACUGGAAUUCACCAACUGGUGGUAUCUACCCCAACACGAGGCUCCCAGCCAGCCAUAUGCCUUCCCACCUGGGCACUUACUACUAAAGACCCCACGGCGGCCUUUCCCAACCGCAAACAAUCACCCAGUAAAUUGCCACAAACUCUAUCAGAGAACACGAAUCAAAAGUGCCUCAAGAAAUGAAAGAAUGACUGGGGCUGGGAAAGGAAGCCAGGAAGAGACCAAAGACUCAUAGCGGGUGGGAGUUACUGAGUAUUAUUACAGAAACAAAAAAGAUGCUCAAAAUGUCUUGUAUAUGGACGUGUAAUCUGUGGUCCAACCUGUCAAAGACGCUGAACGUAGAAACAUGAAGUCAUAAGGACAAGUGCCAAAGAAAGUGGCCUAUGUAGUGUAUAAACUAGAGCAGAAUUUGGAAUCCUGCUCAUGCAAACAGGGGUUCAACUCAAGCAAUAGAAAUAACACAGUCUUGGCCUGACAUACCAUUUGUAAUGUCAUUUUAAGGAAAACUACCUGUAUUUAAAAAUAGAAACAUAUCAAAACCAAAACAAACAGAAAAAUGAGAGAGAGUGAGAGAGAGAGAACAGGGCCCUUCAAGAGGCGUUGUUAUGGAACUCCUUGGUGUUGGCUGUUUUGGUUGAAUCCAGUUCAUUCCAUUUGAGGGAGAGCUACCAGCUGUCUCAAACUGUGACAUCUCCUUUACAGUAUUUACAGGACUAUGAGCCAAAUGGUGGACAGAGGAUGUGGACAGAAUGAGUGUGUGAUUGGAGACAAAGGGUUGGAGGAGGAAGAGGAGGGAGUGGAGAAGGAGGAACAAGGCAUGGGGAAGAAACUUCUCAAGCAGUAAAGCCUGGAUUUAGGACUCUUUGGGACUGUGGAGAAUGAGUUAUGGAGACUUUGAAGUUUAAUGCAGCCAGUGUUAUAUCAACCUCAGUGUUACGAGAAAGAACACGGCAUAAUGAAGGAAGGGAGGGAGUAGAAUUCAGAACCAAAAUUACACAUCUCUUUCUUUCUUUGUCAAAAGAAAAAUUUAACUGGAAUUGUUCAGGACCUCAGCAUUAGGUGGGGGCUUUGUCCUCCAGAGGAUCAGGUAAGAGGUGGCCUUCAUGGUCACCGCAAUCAGAUCAGAGUCAUUGUGGGCAGAUGGGCUCCAGUUUUCUUUUCGAGUCGCAAACGCUGUGCGUUUGUCAGAAUGAAGUAUACAAGU